UCUCACAUCACUAUUAUCACUUUUGUACCUUGAACUGCAAUUUUGUGUAUUUUAUUUGGUAAUACGAUAAACAUGGACAAGUGGGUGCAGUUGAACAACCAGGCCGCUGGCAGGGACAAAAUAGCUAGGCUCGUUCAAUAUGCAUCCCGAGCAAUUUGGGACUCCUUAGAGUCAAGUUCUACUAGCCCGGCGCUGGUUGACAAUUUCAAGACUAUUGAGUACAUAUUGAGUACAUUCAGAAAGCUUUUGCGUUUGGGCAAGAGUCUGGAUGUUUUCUACGCCACUCUGCGCACCAUACAUUACCCGGAUUUGGCCAUUCGCGUCACGCUGACAAUGAGCAAGCUGUCUCAAGCGCUAUUUCUGGUUGCCGACCACUUCUUGUGGUUGGCACGCACAGGUCUGGUGAAAAUCAACGCCAAGAAGUGGUCAGAGGUCGCAAACAAGUAUUGGUUAUUCUCUAUCAUAAUGAACUUAUGUCGUGAUUUCUACGAGAUCAUGAGAGCCUUGGAUUUGCAUAGAGCUAGUUGUAAUAGUGGCAUCUCAAGACGCAAGCUUCCCGCAAAGCUUAAUUCCCCAUCCGAUUUCAAGCGUUUGGCUCUGCAGUCUUACGUAUUAAUGCUGGGACACAAAGACAUUGUGGUGGACACGGUGAAGAAUUUGUGCGAUUUCUUUAUUCCGCUUACAGCUUUGGGCUACACGAAGAUGACUCCUAGGACUAUUGGUCUAUUGGGUGCCAUUUCUUCUCUGGCUGGCUUGUGGGCCCUCCUUGAGCCUGAGGCCAAGUUAACACCUGCAUGAGUUGAUUUAUUUUAAUUAAGAUUUUAUUGUAUAUAUUUUAUUCCGCUGUUAAAUAACUCGUUCAAAGUGUGCUUAAAAAGUGUUAGGGAAGAUUUUAAUAAUAAAGUAUAUAUGUAGUAUUUUUUUGAACGUUA